AGCAUAUUUAAUUCUGUGGCCGGUUAAUAUUUUUCUACAGGCGUUGCAAGGUAAUCGAAUUGAAAAUGUCAAAAUGGCUCUCGAAAGAGCUGUUUAUAUUGUGAUUUUAACUCUAAUAAGUAAUAUAUUUUAAGAUGAAAAGUUUCCAGUGAGCGUUUUAAAUUAUGUUACAUAACACGGGCCCUUUCGGGCCGAACGACGUGCCGGUGAAUGUAAAUCCGCAACCAAACAUGACCUCUAUGAGUGGAAGGAUGAAUAUCGGGAAUAACUUGAACAACUUGGCAAAAAUCCCGCAACAGUCGCCUCAGACGGCGAACCCGCACUUUAACUUACCGGAUUAUCCGACCUACGGGUUGAAUAUGAACGCAGGUUUGAGCCCAUUUCAAAAUUUUCACCAUGUUGGUUUUCAACAAAAUUCCAUAGCCCAAAGUUCGAUCCACGACAGCUGGCAGAAUAAUAUGUUGCCUAUGAAUUUAAAUAUGCAGAGCGAGCAUGCCAUGCUAGGCUUUGCUCAAUACGGCAAGCCUGAUGUGAGCGAACAAAGCUUCAAUAAGAGCAUGCUAAAUGUACCACAAGUGCACACAAAGGCUUUUCACAAACAAAUGGGUAUGGACGUUAACUAUCACUACAAUUUAAACCCUAGCUAUCGACCGUACGCUGACUACAACUUAGAUUUGAGUGCAAAACCCAAAACUGAUGAUGUCCGGCAUUUUCUUGAUCCGAAUAUCAGUAAAGAGCGUGCAGCGCUGAGUCCGCACUAUUCAGAACAGAUUGACUUGAGUAAUAAACAGAAAAUGCAUAAUUUCACUCGACCAUACUUAGAAACUACAACAGCAAAAUCUCUCAUCCCGCAAAAACAUGAUACUAGCAGUGUAAAUAUAAAUAAUGAACUAAGUGCGCAGCUACAGAGGUCAAAAGACAAGCAUCCAUACUUUGACAAUGCAAACAGUAUAAAAUCACAACUGAGUCUGGAUAGUAGAUAUCGGGAAAGUGAGUUAGAUUUAUCUAAGUCUCUAAAACAUAGUAACUUGAACAGUAACUACCAGAAUUUAAGUGCAGAUCAUAGAUUUUAUAAGGACCAAGAGAUACGGGCCCAGAGUAAUGAUGCCUUGUCGCGGUUCCAUCUACCAAAUAACUUAAACACCAAUUUCGCAAGUAUGACAUCAGAUCUAAGAAUGUAUAAGGAUUCAAACCAACUACCCCAGAAUUUAGAAAAGAUUCUUGGCAAGCCGCAACCUGAAAAUUUAAACACAUCUUAUCCUAGUGUCAAUUCAGAUCUCAGAUAUUAUAAGGACAGAGAAUCCAGGUCACAAAAUCUGGAAGCUAUAUUAGCUAAAACUCAAAAACCAGAAAAUUUAAAUGCUAAUUUCUCAAAACCUGAGAAUUUAAAUACCAAUUUCUCAAAACCUGAGAGUUUAAACAGUAAUUUCUCAAAACCUGAGAAUUUAAACACUAAUUUCUCAAAACCUGAAAACUUGAACACUAAUUUCUCGAGUCCUACUUCUGAACAUAGAUUUCUAAGUGAAACAAAGUCAAGACCACAAAUUGAUGAAGAUGCAUUGCCAAAAUUCCCACAAACACAUGCAGAUUUAGCAGCAAAUUCCACAAAAGUUAGUUCUGACUUGAGUGUAUAUAAGGGUGACCCACAACCUCAACGGUUGGAAAAUUCAGAUCUAAGAUAUUAUAAGGACAAAGAGGCCAGGUCACAAAAUCUAGAAGCCAUAUUGUCUAAAACUCAAAAACCUGAAAAUUCAAACACUGAUUUACCAAAACCUGAAAAUUUGAUUACCAAUUACCAAAGUGUUAACUCAGAAUUAAGAUUCUAUAAAGACCAAGAUUCUAGGCGCCGAAGUUUGGAGAAUACUGUCAAGAUGAUUGAAAAUAUACUCUCACAUUCAUCAAAUUCAAGAAAAAGUUCAUCAACCUCCUAUCCAAGCAAAUCUUCAGAUUCCGAUCAGAAUGUAGAAAAAGACAAACCUGAAAUAAAAGAUGCAGAGAAUGAUAGUUUAAAUAAAAGUGAUAUCAACAACAGUAACACAACGGGCGAAGGCGACUCCAGUAUUGAUAAUUUAUCUAAUUGUGAUAAAACUGAUGAAUCCAAUGCAAACACUAGCAAUGAAUUGGAUGAUAAUGCAAAUGAAGAUGAGGAAAUGGAUGACAAAAAUGAAAGUAAUGAUGAAAGUGAAUCUGAAUCUGAAACUGAUGAUGUUCAUAAUGAAGCUACUAACCAAAGUGAGAAACCAGCAAUUAAUACAACUGAAAUAGUAAAGGAGGAUGUAAAAUCUGAGAGUGAAGAAUCCUCAUCAGAUGAAGAUGUCAAACCAAUGGAUCUGUUAAAUGACAAUGACAUUAAAACAGAAGAUAAAUCUGACGAAGUUAUCGUGAAAGUUGAAAUUGUACCAAAUCUCGUUGAUGUGGAACAUUUGAAUCCGUUUUAUAGGGAUGUUUUUGGAAUCCAAAGUGAGGAUUUGGAAAAUCAUGAUAUUAUUGAUUCAGAGACCAGUAUUACAGUUGCCAAGGAAGUUAUCAGGAAUGGAGCAGCAAUCGAAGGAGCGUAUUUGGAAUGCCCUCACUGCAAUCUAUACUUUAAUCAUCCAAAGAGGUUCCUCAUCCAUACAAAAUGGCACUCCUUUGGGCUGACCAAUGAGAAGAGAAUGGAGUUACAGAAAGAGAAGGAACUGCGAAAGCAGAUACGGAAAGAGGCGAGAGUAAUAGAGAGGAUGAAUCUGAGUGAAGUGAGUGAUGUCACAACUCCAGGGAGAAAGUUUAACUGCAGGGAUUGUGACAAAGUGUUUCUUGCCAAAGCCAGUUUGAAGAACCAUCGGCAGAGAUAUCACCCAACACGCAUCCGCGAUUGCAAAAUCUGUGGCAAGACCAUGCUGGGUUGGAUGGCAUUACGUGCACACAUGACGACUCAUACGUGCGAGUCUGGCUACCAGUGCGACAGCUGUCCUAAGCGAUUCAAGCACCCGCACUCGCUGGCCAAGCACCGCGACACGCAUCUAGAGAAAACACACGCGUGUCCGCAAUGCCCCAAAAAGUUCGGCUCGGUGAUGCUGCUCAACGUGCACUCGAAAACACACGAGCGCGCAUUGCGCGGGGCCACGUUCCGCUGUACGUACUGCGGGAAAGGGUUCUUCGAGUCGUACAGCUUACAGGUGCACGAGAGAACGCACCGCAACGAGCGGCCGUACCUGUGCGAGAUAUGCAACACAAGCUUCGGCACCAACUCCAGCCUGAAGAGACAUUUGAAAGUCUCGCACAGUACGUCAAAGCCGUUCGAGUGCUCGACGUGCCACCGCUCGUUCAUCUCGGAGGCGAUCCGCGACCGCCACGCGAUGCGUAACCAUGGCAACCCGGAGGACUUCAAGUUCGUCUGCAAACAGUGCCCGUGCAAGUACUUGAAGCUCAAAGACCUGAGGAAACACAUGUACAAAGUACACCCCAAAGGCAAGAGGAAGAAAAAGGGGCAGUCCGAUUCCGAAUAAACCGUUUUAAAAUCGUGUUUUGCGCAUCAAUAUUUUUUAUUAAUCGAUUUUAAUGAGCGAUUUAGUGAAUCGAUUUUGAAUAAUCGAUUAUUGGGAAUCGAUUUUCAAUAGUCCAUUUGUAAAUAAUUGUAACCAUGGCAACCCGAAGGACUUGGAAUUUGUGCCCCUACAAGAUGCAAAUCAAAGACUAGGAAACAACAUGUACAAAGUAACUACACCACAAAGGUUUGCUCUCGAUUUUGUUGGUCGCUUUUUUAAUAAUAAUUGUUAAAAAUCGAUUUCUAUAAUAAAUAAUCGACCUAUAACAAUCUGGAGCACUUCUGUAUGCAGAUUGCAAAACUUGAGGAAACUCAUUUACAAAAUACACUCCGAGAGCUAGUGGAAGAAAAAGGGGCAAUAUAAAAUCGAUUCUUUUGUUUCAAUUUUUUAUUACUUAAUCGAUUGAAUUAAUUGACUUUUUUAUUAAUUUAAUUGAUUUAGUAAGUCGAUUUUUAACCAACCGAUUUUGUAAUACCUGAUUGUUAUAUUGUUAUUGAAUCGAUUUUUGUGAAUCAGUUAUUGGAUGAUCGAUUUGCUAUCGCAUCGGUUUUAUAAUGUUGGUUUGGUUUAUUUCCAUAGUAUAUUCUUUUCGUUAGAUUAUUCUGUUUUUAUGCAAGCCGAUUUUAUAGGUAAAGCGUGUAAUCGAUUAUCGAAAAUCGAUGGUAAUAGGCUACACACAAGUAUUGAAAGUCAAAAUUAAAAAGUUAGUUCCCGAAUUUUUAAAUAACAAAAUUAAGUAAGGGUUUAAAUAGUAAUUAAUUAGUGAAAAAGAUAUAAAAUAUAAAAUAAUGUAAGUUGAAUAUUCCAACAAUUUUUUUUGAUCUUGCUAGAAUAAAACGCCUAUUAUCAAAUUUUCUAGGUGUUAGGUAAAUAUU